AUGGUGUCUAUCUACGCAAAGGCCCUAUUAGCUAACACACGUAAGCCUAUCGUUAUGUACCAGGAAAUGAAUACACAAGACUUUCUAUCUCAGAUGUUGGAAACAAAUCUGAGGUGGGAGAACUUGGGUAUCUUCUUUGCUGCUGCUGCAAGGGCAGCAUACGAUACGACUCAUUUCGCACCUCUCUAUUCUACCAAUGAGCAGCGCCAUAGAGUUAUCAAGGCUUUAACAUAUAUAGGAGACUGUUGCUUAGAAACAUGCAUUGAGCUGGAUUGCUUGAAUGACUUACAACUUAUUCUACAAUAUGAAAAUUUCAUCAUACACUCCCAAGUCGACGGUGACCAAAGCUAUCACUCGUGGAGAAGAAUCGGGGACGUGGCUAGUUCGUUGUUUGCUCUCGGAUAUCACGAGAGGGUUGGAGGGAGUGAUAUUCCGCCGUUCAUCAUCGAGUUACGAAAGGCUUGCUUUGCUCGUAUAUACGCCGCAGACAAAAGUUUGGGUGUGUUUCUCGGACGCCCUCCAAGAAUCGUAAAGGAUUAUUGUCAUUUCAUGAUCCCAAACAACCUAGAUGAUCCAUGGGGAAUUGGCUUCCAUGCUACGAACCAGUCUCCUACAUACACAUCAGAGGCAUGCGAUGAACAGGAACAAACCAGCCGAGCCAUUGCUAAUCUCGAGCCAAUUAACUAUACUGCUGACACACGUUGUUCGGCGUUAUUUGCAUUUCUGAAAGAGGAUGUGCUUCAACUUCUCCGCAAAGGAUACGUUUCAGAUAACGCAGAAGGUAUAAGGAAAUUGCGUUCCCGAAUUGUUCAACAGUGGGAUGAUCUUCCAGCCCACUUUCGCCUAACAACCUUACUCAAGGAUUGCCAACGGAACCCCUUUGAGCGAGACUUCCUCGCAGGGACUCGACUCGACUAUUUACAUAUUCACUUCCUCCUAGGACUAGUGUCGCAAAGAAGCAUCACUGAACCUAAUGAUGAUCUCUUACAAGUAGCUACUGAGAUGCUCUCAAUCACAGUGGAGGUGGUCAUUCUACGCGACCAGCUUGUCAAUUCUGGAUCUUGUCUUAUAUGGAAGGUUGCUCAAUAUGGUCUCCCCGCAGCGGGGAUGAUAUCGCUAGCACUUUUGAACUCGACAAACACUGACGCGAUGUUACACUCUCGAUCGAAAAUGAUACAAGGCUUGUGCGCAUUAGUUGCAGAGAUCACAACUGGGGCUUGGAUUCAGGCCGGAGAGCCAAAUUUUGCACUUUUUACACGCGCAACUCGAACAAUCCAAAGUCUCCUCGAUUCCUUGCUAGCCGCCAAAGUUCCGCAAGACUUGAGCCACAAUGUAGCUGAAGCUUGGAAUCCCUAUGUUAACUCUCAACUGUGGGACUUUGAGAUGGAUUUCUGGGCAAGCCUUGCGGAGCAUCCCAACUUGGUGGAAUUUCCUAGUACAGAUAGAUAG